AUGCGUUGCCAAGAGGUAAGAUCUUGGACAUUUAAGGGUUUAGUGGCUGCAUUUGUUGAUCUUUCGAUAGCUUUCUCGCUGCUUUGCGCCUCGUCUUUGGUUUAUUUAUCCUCGAAAUUCCUCGGUUUAUUUGGACUGAACCUACCAUGCCCUUGUGAUGGACUAUUCAGUGACCCUCAUAAGAAUAAGUGUUUUCAAGAAACUUUAGGUAAUCUUCCUGUGAAAAAGAUCUCUUCUGUUCAAAGAUCUGUGAAAAAUAGAACACCUUUCGAUUCAAUUCUAUGUAAAGAUGGAAAUGUUGUUGUUGGGAAGAAGAGAAAAGGAGAGCGUAGACACGUUGAGUUGGAACGAGAAGUAUCUAGUACUCCUUCUGUUGAGGAGGCUGAGAAUGCUUCAGGAUUCGAUCUCCUAACUUCGCAAAGUUUGAAAAAAGGAAGUUUUAAAAUUAAGAGUAAGCGGCUCAGCUUUCAUAGGUCGCCGUAUGGUCUCAGGAACCAUUGCCAAUGUAGGUUAGACCAUAAGAUCUUUCCACAAUCACCUUCGAGCGUCAUGGAAUAUCUGAAUGAUGUUGAGGAAAAUGAUCCUCUUCUUAUGUAUUCCAAAGAAGGAAGAAAUACCUUGGAGGACGUGUCCUUGCGAAAAAGUGUUUCACUAAGUUCUAUCGGGUGUGAAGCUGGUGCGCAGAACAAACAACCGGAAAAGACAUUUUCAUGGGCUGGUGAGGGUACAUGCAGUUCCCCUGUGGAUCUAACUUAUAGUGGUAUAACACAAAAACCGACUGAGAUUCUGGAACAAGAACGAGCUUCCCGUGCUGCGUUAGCUCUUGAACUCGAGAAAGAGAGAAAUGCUGCUGCAACUGCUGCAGAUGAGGCUAUGGCUAUGAUAUUGAGGUUACAAGAGGAGAAAUCGUCGAUAGAGAUGGAAGCUAGGCAAUAUCAGCGGAUGAUAGAAGAAAAGUCUGUUUUUGAUGCGGAAGAGAUGAGCAUUCUCAAAGAAAUUUUGCUGAGAAGAGAGAGGGAAAAACAUUUCUUGGAGAAGGAAGUUGACACCUACAGGCAAAUGUUUUUUGAGACCGAGCAACCUCUGCCCGACACGCCAGAUUCAAAACCAUCUCGAGUUAAAGGAUCGCAAACACCACAACAGAUAACUGAAGCGUUGGAUGACAUGGAGACUGCAGAUGUCUCUUAUGGAUUUGAGAUCUUCACUAAUCAGAUGGACAGUCGUUUUCUUGCGCUUGGAAACAAAUCAGUGCUUCCUGGAGAUUACAAUAAUGCCGAUUCUCCAAAGCCAGGGGAGGUUAACAAUGAUGAGGAGAUCAAGGUGACUGGAGUAGACCAAAGUCCAGAGAGUGAUCAUUCAAUAAGUGAGGGACUUGAUGCCCAUCACGAGGUAGCCAAACUCCCGAUUGAUGUAGUAGUACCAAAAGAAACAGAGGAAGGCGCUUCAUUUCCAGAACCAAUAUCAAGAUCUAGCUACAACUCUGAUUCUAAGAAGCUUGGUGAGGACUUACACGACAUUGAUUGCCGUGUACAUGAUAUCUAUGUGGUGACUGAUGAAGAUAACAAAGUGCAACUAAAUGUUCCUUCUGACAAUGCCACUCGGGAUCUCAAACUGGACAGAUCACAAAGUGUUUCAGAUACAAGUUAUGCACUUUCACCGGCAUUUCCACCAGGACGGAGGAACAUAUCUCUCAACAUGCGCAGAAAUUCAAUGUCAGCUGUUGACUAUGAAAGACUGAAAAUAGAGAGUGAAGUUGGUUUCUUGAGAGGACGGUUGAGAGCUGUACAAAAGGGAAGAGAGAAGCUCAGUUUCUCUUCCAAAGAACAAAGCAAAUCGCAGGUGCAUCGUCUUGGAGACAAAACAAGCCGGUUUUGGGAAGCCAGAAGAUCCGCGCCUCUCGACUCUUCAAGCCAUUCUUCCACAAUUGUAAAAGCCAUGUCUACGACAUUGGACCUGCAUAGUGCUUAA